UACGAUGUCGAUAAGGUCGCCUUUACCGGUUCCACUGAAGUGGGUAAACUCAUACAGCAAGCCUCUGGAAACACCAAUUUGAAACGCGUCACUUUGGAGUUAGGCGGUAAGAGCCCGAAUAUUGUUUUGGCCGACACCGAUAUGGAUUACGCUGUGGAGUCCGCACACUUUGGGCUCUUCUUCAACAUGGGACAAACUUGUUGCGCUGGUUCGCGUACCUUUGUCGAAGAUAGAAUUUACGAUGAAUUUGUUGAACGCAGCGCUGAGCGUGCCAAGAAGCGUACGCUUGGCAACCCCUUCGAAUUGCAUGUUGAACAGGGCCCACAGGUCGAUCAAGAGCAGCUACAACGCAUUCUCGGCAUGAUUGAGGAAGGCAAGAAGCAAGGCGCCAAGUUAGUAGCAGGCGGCAACCGUCCCAACCAUCUGCCCGGCUAUUUCGUAGAACCCACUGUAUUCGCUGAUGUGCACGAUCACAUGACGAUCGCGAGGGAAGAGAUCUUCGGCCCCGUGCAACAGCUCAUUCGCUUCAAGACUUUGGAUGAGGUGAUUGAGCGUGCCAACAACUCCGACUACGGCUUGGCGGCGGCUGUUUUCACACGCGACAUUGAUAAGGCCAACUAUGUCGUGCAGGGUUUGCGCGCCGGCACAGUCUGGGUGAAUACAUACAAUGCCUUUGGCGCACAAAUGCCUUUCGGUGGUUACAAGAUGUCCGGCCAUGGACGAGAAAAUAGUGAAUAUGCGUUGCAGAACUAUACCGAGGUGAAGAGUGUGAUUGUCAAGAUUCAGCAGAAGAACUCGUAAAGGGCGAAAGCGGCGAGAUGAUUAUGAAUGUCGCACUGAUUGUUACUAAUACCUACUUGUAGUAUGUUUUGUCUUUAAAUGAAAGGCUGAGGAAGGAAAUUGCAGUUUAAUUUAAAAUCGCACAAGUUUUCUACAUUGUCAUGUAUACAUAUGUCUGAAUUACUAGUACCUAUUUCAUAAAAUAUUUUGCUAACAUACUAUUAUACAUAUGUAUGUUCAUAUGUGUGAAAUUAGUACCUACAAAUACAAAUAUACGACAGUUUCGUAUGAGCUGUACAAUGACAUAAAACAAAUAAAACUCUAUACGUAAUAUAAAAAACGAAAUA